GAAUGGCAGAAAUUAUGGAAGAAGAUAAAGUUACUAUUAAAGAAGAAAUCUCUACUGUAGAGGAUACAUUUACUGUUUAUGUAGUGGGAGAAGAUGUUAAAGAGGAAAGGACAGAAAAUCAAGGUGAAAAUGACAAGAUUGAAAAAGAUCUCAUUUUCUCUGAACAAAAGAAACUUAAAAAGAGUAAGCUGAGACAAAAAAGAGAUAAAAGUUAUUCCUGUGGAAAAUGUGGUUAUGUGGCAACUAAAUCUAGUAAUUUGAAUAAACAUAAUAGAAGUGAACAUGAAGGAGUGAGAUAUCCUUGUGAUAAUUGUGAAUACGCUGUCACUGAACCAAGAAGUCUGAAGAAACAUAUUGAAAAUAAACAUGAAGGUAUCAGAUAUCGUUGCGUUCAGUGUGAGUUUGCUGCAACUUCAGCAGGUGUUCUGAAGAUACAUAUUGAAAACAAACAUAAAGGUAUCAGAUAUCCUUGUUUUCAUUGUGAAUACGCUGCCACUACAGCAGGUAAUCUGAAGAUCCAUAUUAAAAAUAUUCAUGAAGGAGUGAGAUAUCCCUGCGAUCAGUGUGAAUAUGUUGCUACUGUUAAACAGAGUCUGAAGUUACACAUUGAAAAUAAACAUGAAGUAGUCAGAUAUCCUUGUUCUCAUUGUGAAUACGCUGCCACUACGGCAGUUAAUCUGAAGAUCCAUAUUAAAAAUAUUCAUGAAGGAGUGAGAUAUCCCUGCGAUCAGUGUGAAUAUGUUGCUACUGUUAAGCAGAGUCUGAAGUUACACAUUGAAAAUAAACAUGAAGGGGUGAGAUAUCCCUGUGACCUGUGUAAUUACGUGGCCAGCCAAGCAAUGAAUCUGAAGGUACAUAUUGAGAGUAGGCACCAAGGAGUUAGAUAUCCCUGUGGCCAGUGUAUGUAUGCUGCAACUCAUCCAAGUAAUCUGAAGAAACACAUUAAAAAAAAACAUGAAGGAGUGAGAUAUCCUUGCGACCAGUGUGAAUACGUUGCUACAGAAGUAAAAAGUUUGACGUUGCACAUUGAAUCUAAACAUGAAGGGGUGAGAUAUCCCUGUGGCCAGUGUAUGUAUGCUGCAACUCUUCCAAGUAAUCUGAAGAAACACAUUGAAAAAAAACAUUAAGGAGUGAGAUAUCCUUGCGAUCAAUGUGAAUUCGCUGCAACUGACCCAACUAGUCUGAGGAGGCAUACAGAAACUAAGCAUGAAGGAGUGAGGUAUCCCUGCGAUUAGUGUGAAUACCUUGUCACCCAAUCCUGUCAUUUAAAAGCACAUCAAAAAAGAAAACAUUAAGUAAUAGUUUUCAUUGUAAACUUCAAAUUUUCAUUUUUCUCAUUUAUUUUGAUCAUUCAAGAGGAGACGUCUCAAAAUUUUUACCAGGGAGAUAAGGAUAGAUAGAUAGUGAGAUAUCCUUGUUUAAAUUGCGUGUAUGCUGCAACUACAGCAAGUCAUCUGAAGCAAUACACUAAAUCUAAGCACGAAGGAGUGAGAUAUCCCUGUAACCUGUACAACUACAAGGUCAACAAAUCAAGAAAUCUGAAGUUACAUAUGGAGAGUAGGCACCAAGGGGUUAGAUAUCCCUGUGGCCAGUGUAUGUAUUCUGCAACUCAUCCAAGUAAUCUGAAGAAACACAUUGAAAAAAAACAUCAAGGAGUGAGAUAUCCUUGCGACCAGUGUGAAUACUUUGCUACCGAAGUACAAUGUCUAAAGUUGCACAUUGAAUCUAAACAUGAAGGAGUGAGAUAUUCUUGCGAUCAAUGUGAAUACAGUGCCACUACAACAAGAAAUCUGAAGUUACACAU